GGUCACUGAACCCGAAACAUUAACUCUGCUUUCUCUCCAGACCUGGAGAGUUUUUCUAGCAAUUUCUAUUUUUGAUCAAUUUGAUCUGUUUGUCCAGUGUUCGGCUCUGCGGCAAGACCUGGCGUCACUUGUUUUCAAACAAAAUCUAUCAAGAUGCUGUUUGUGAAGACAGUGACAUCCUUCAUGGCUGUGCAGUGUGUCCGUUCUCGUGUUUGCCACAGAAAGUUUUGGGGAUGGUUGAAUGCUGUUUUCAACAAGGUGGAUUAUGAUCGUAUAAAGGAUGUUGGUCCAGACAGAGCUGCAUCCGAGUGGCUACUUCGUUGUGGUGCUAGUGUGCGUUACAAAGGCUUUGAUAAAUGGCAGAAAGAUUACAAUCACCUACCCACUGGCCCAUUGGAGAAAUUCAAAAUUGAAAGAAUUGAUGCCACUGAAUCAUGCAUUAUGUUCAAAGGAUUUGACUACCUGGAUUAUCUGGAGCAUGUUGAAGAAAUUAAAUUCCAAAGGUGUAUAUACAUUCAAGAUGAAUGUCUUGAGAGAUUAUGCAGGAUACAAAAUUUGCAAAAGAGCCUUCAAUGGCUGGAAAUUAUUUCCUGUGGAAAUGUCACAGACCGGGGAAUUAUAUCACUUCACCUUCUUAAAAACCUAAGAUAUUUGUUUCUGAGUGAUCUUCCUGGCAUAGAAGAAAAAGAAAAAACUCUUCAGAUUUUAAUAAGAGCUUUACCUAACUGUGAAAUUAAAGUUGAUCUUUAGUAAAACUACAACUUACAAAUUUAUGUAUAGUUUAAAUACAAUGCUACUUUGGAAUAAGGAUCACAAAAAUAUUAUCAUGCUUUAUUGAUAAAGUCGUUAGAUAUCAAUGUGUUAGCCACAAGUGCACUCACUGAAGUUGCCCAAGGUGUUUUAUUCUCAUUUGUCAAAUUAGAUUUGAGCCUUUAUAUUGAAAAGACUUCAUCUGUAGUAAUUAUUCAUUUAUUAGUUCUAUAAAAAUCCAUGAAUCAAGAUUGUAAAAGUUUCAAUAGUUUAUAAAGUACAUAAAUUAUAAUCGAAAAUGUUCAAACAUCAAUUCUAUUCAUUUUGUAGUAUAGGAAAGAAACCUUCCCUAUUAGUCAUUAUUUCAAAAUACUUUGGUUUAAAAUGUGCAUACAGUUAUCAGGAGACUGCAUUAUUUUUACUUUCUGUAGUUUGUAUUUAUUUGUAUUUAUAAUAAUUUACAUUUCUGAUACGGAGCGGCAUACACUUGCUUUUAGGUAUAAAUGAACUGGAUGUGCAAUUUAUUCCAGUAUUAACAGAUUUGUGGCUAAAUAUACAACAUAAAUGGAGAUUUUUAAAUCAAUGAAGUUAAGUAUUGCAGAUUUUGUAAUCUAUUUGCAGGUUAUAAUUUCAGCUGUUCAUAAGUAUACAUUUACAACAAUGAUACCUCAUUAAGGUAUAAACCAAUGAUUUUACAAAAGCUAUGAUCUUACAGUAGUCACACCUGCAGUUUGUUUUAGUUGUUUGAUUCAAAUAUGUUAGAUUACCUUUUCAGUGCUAAUUCUUAAUUUGUGUAUUUUUAAAAAUGUUGUACCUGUUUAUUUCGUUCAUAUCAAAAUUGUCAAGCUAAAUCACUCCUGUGUAUAAAUACAUAGUAAGCAGAACACUGAAUUUUGCAUGUUAAGAACUAUCAUUUAUUUGCAGUCUUGAUCCACUAAUUGAUAAGUAUUUGAUUUUAAAUCUAUGUGCAUCCAAACUGAAUUAUUUUAAUUUAGGUUAUCUGCUGGACUAAACAGCUCAUUCUGACUACAUUGAGUAUUGUACUAGAGUUGGAAUCUAAAUGGAGCAAGAAUGUAAAGAAGUGAGAAUUUUCAGAGCAGGGUAUUUUAAGGAAUUGGUUGAAAUGGGUGGUUUAAGAACUCACCAGAAAUGCAAACCACACUACUCAAAAAUAAUUUCAUGCAGAAGUCAGGUGAGGUCUGAAGGCAUAACAUUUGUUUCUUGUAAAUUUCUGUGAAUCCAAUAUUUCAAUCCCUUAAUACACCACUUUAAAUCUAAAAAAUGUCAGUUAAUACAUUAUUAGACAAAGGCUAAAAAGAAUCUUUGGCCUGCUGAUCCCACAGCUGUAGAAGACAAAUGUUGGCAGUAUUCUUGACUAAGUCAACUUUUGUUAGGUAUACAGAUUGAACCUUGAUUAUCCAGCAUUCAAUUAUCUGAAUUUUGGAUUAUCCAGUAAGAUUGCAAGGUCCUGAUGUUUGGCUAAACUGUAUUAGCCGGUAUUCGAUUAUCCGACAAAAUAUGCUCUGCCCGUGCCGUUCAGAUAAUCAAGGUUCCUCUGUGUACAUAGUGAAACAUUGCACUCCUUGGGUAAGUUCCGACCCCAAAAAUGCUAAUGCAACUUGGGUUUUGUCUAGCAAAUGGGAUUACAGUUUAAAACAUUUUCAAGCAUGUUGUAAAAUUGCAGAAAAUAUUUUGUAUUUCCAUUGUACACAUUUUAAAAAAAAACCGUGACCAAGUAUUUUCCAGUUCAUGCUCAUUUCAUUCAUUUUAAACACACAAAGAAAAAUAAUGAACUUAAUAAAGAAAGUGCAUACAAUCUCAGGCUGGGUAA